AUGGACGACUCUAACGAUCGGUUGAUCGCUCGCCCAGAUCCGGUGGAAAUUCCAAGCUCCUCGCCACCAGCUGCGAUCCCUUUGCGUUCUUCGUCGUCGUUCCCGAGUGGUCGCGUGAACUUCCUUCCUGCGAUCGAUCGGCACACUUUACAAUCUUAUAUCAACGAUCUGUACGACUGCGCUGAGGCUGGUCAAGACCAGCUAGCCAGCUAUUGUGCAAUACACGAUCAGUUGAGAGCUCAGGAAAUUCGCGGCGCUCGCUUGGAACGCCAACUGCACGACGUUCAAGAAUUAGCAAGACCGAUCCGACAAUAUGUGAACGAGCGGUACAACGCGUUGCGUAACUCGUUGGCCGAUGCCGAGAAGAAGAACGAUGACUUCCAAGAGGAAUUAGCUGUUCAAGCGGAACGUCUACAGGAAAUUCCGAUCCUGAAGUCGUCCAUCUUGCAGCUUAAAAAGACCCGCCAUUCCGAACAAGAGAAGCAUCGGCGUCAACUGGCUUCACUUGAAAACGAGUUACAAUCAGCGAUUGCAUCCUCCAAGGAGGCUGACGACCGGGCGAAACUCCAGAUCGAAGAGGCGAAGACUCGAUUUGCUACCCGCCAAUCAGCGAUAAUGCGGGAGUUGGCCAUGACCCAACGAGACUUGGGUACAGUCAAGACUGAGCGCGAUCGCCUCACGGCCCAACUUUCGGAUAUCAAGAGUCAGCACGAUAGGUUUAAGUCUGAGCUCGCCGAUCGAGAUGCCGAUCGUGGCCGAUUGUCCCAGAAAAUAAGUGCAUUGGAGGUAGAGCGCGAUCAGGCACUCCAGUCGAAAAAUUCGCUCUUCGCUCGCUUGACAGAGGUGGUCGCCAGUGUUUCUCCAAGUGUUCUGCCUGCACCUGCCGAGUCUUCCCCGAAGAAUUUUCCACGUCAACCUAAGCGAUCGCCUCCUGCUUCCCCGUCCAGGGAAUCCCAAGCCAAGCGUGCCCGAUAUAUCGGAUCCUCGCCACGUCGAUCGGCUUCUCCCGGGUUGUUUGGUUCAAGAUCGUCAUCGUCGGAAUCAUCUGAGGACAGCGAUCCAAAGGACUCUUCUUCCGAUGAGACCGAUGAUUCCUUGUUGGCGGCGUUGUCGUCAUCUCGUUUGACUGCCCGUCGUAGAAACACGUCGUCCCCUAAGAAACCAUCGUCUACUCCGACCCGUCCACCGGUGAAUGUCAAUUCCUCCAGUCCGGAACAUGAACCUCACGAUAAUACAUCGGGAGUGUCUUUGGUGGAUUUAUUCGGAGAGCCUUCCAGCGAUUCCGAAAGCGAUCUCAGUCUCUCUGGUGAUCCUCGGAGUCCGCGGAAUUCCUUGUUGACACCUGCAGAUUUUGUGGCGCUUUCCGACACCCGCAUACCCCGCGAUCGUUGGAUUCCGGGGUAUCGCGAUCGGGUUUCACGAUCGGCGGUUGAUGUGUUCCCUUGGUCCUCCCGAAGAGUGAGCUUGAUCAGCGUAUCCGAGUUGGACAUAGAUUAG